AUGGCCGCUCCGCCGCGGCACAGCGACGGCUUCGCACCGGCGCCAGGGAGGGAAGGGAAGGAAGGAGUGGGCGCUGCCACCCGCCGUGGAACGCCCUGGGGCGGGGUGGGACGGCGCCAGCCCGAAGGAGGCGGUGUCCGGGAGCGCUGGCUCGGGGAAGGCGGGGCUGGAUUCCCGAGCACGCCCGUGUGGGGCACUCGGGAAGCGUUAGCGCCCUGCGGAACCGCAGCGCUGCCGCCACGAGCAUUCCGGCGGCUCCCCCGCCCCACGCCCCACCGGCCCGCCGCCGCCGCUCGCUGCUCCGCCGUCCUAAACAUUUCCGCCGGGGCAGCGGCCAGCGGCGGUAAAGGGUCCGGUGGGUUCCUGAGCUGCGGAGCGGCCGCUGGGGGCACUUCCCCGAAGGUCCCCCGGGAGAGCGGUGGCGAGCGGCACAAACUUUCCGUUCGCCUCGGCUGCCCCGGCCGUGCCCCUGUAAGGGCGGCGGGAGCCGUGCCUGGGAUGCUGCCGGGGACGAUCCCCGCCUCCCUCGGGCGGAGCUGCCUGGGCCGCUGGCUGCUCGCCAGUCGCGGGUGGGCGCUCCUGGGCACGGGGACCGGGGCCGGGACCGGGUCCUGCCUGAGAUGGCGGCACCAGCCCCCGGUACUGCUCUGGGCCGCCCGUCAGAGCAUCGGGACGCAGGCGGGAGGGCUCAGAGCUGAAAAACCUGGCAAAAAUAGCAAAGAUGUGUCCGUGCAAAGGGCGCUGAACGAGGAAACGCUGGUGUCGGCGGCUCAGAAAGUGAAAGAAGCUGGAAGAGACUUUACCUAUUUUAUUGUGGUGCUUGUUGGAAUUGGUGUUACAGGUGGUUUGUUCUAUGUGAUUUUUAAAGAGCUAUUCUCUUCUUCUAGUCCAAAUAAGAUCUACGGAGCUGCCUUGGAGAAAUGCAGAUCUCACCCUGAGAUAAUUGGUGUUUUUGGUGACUCUAUCAAAGGUUAUGGUGAGGCAACAAGAAGAGGAAGACGACAGCAUGUCAGUCACAUUGAAUACGUAAAGGAUGGACUGAAACAUAUGCGUUUGAAGUUUUAUAUUGAGGGCACUGAAUCAGGGAAACAGGGAACAGUCCAUGUGGAAGUCAAAGAGAAUCUUGAAACAGGAAAAUUUGAGACCCUCUACAUAUUUGUGGAUGUUGAGACCUAUCCGAGAAGAACCAUUGUCAUAGAGGACAACAGAUAGCCAACGAUCAAAGCUGCUGCCUUAUCUCACUGAGCAUUGGAUAAUGCUGGAGUAGCCAGUCUACACGUGAUUGUGUGGUGUUGCCAAUUGUGUCCCGCAACUUCAGGGCUGUGUUACAGGAAGUAGCCUCUCAGGGCCUCCUCUAAGGAUUUUUGAUAAUAACAGAUACGGGAUUUAAAGUGAAACCAAUGAAAUCUAGCAGAGCUAUCAUGGCAGACAUUCUUGACAUAGGAAAAUAAUGCCUGCUAAUAAACAGUUUAAUGCUGAAUAAUGCUUCUGCACACCCAAAACCUGAGUUUUCCAAGGUUUUAGGUUUGGAUUGGGAGUUUUUUAUCUUCCUUGGCUUGGAUUUCCCCCUACUACUGCAAUAAAGAAAGGGGUAGUUUAACUGUAGACAGAACUCUACUGUUUUCAUUUUGGAUACCUUUUUAGGUAAGAAGGUAAAAUAAGAAUGUUAGUGAUGCAAAAGAGAUCUAGGUAUAUAAGAGUAGGAAUGGUGGAGACACAGACCCAUGAAAAACAACAGAAGAUAAAGACUUCAAUAUUGGUGUCUCCUCAAUAAAUUACCAGCAAACAGAACAUCA